CUUUCGAUUUUGAAGGUACGGAUAGGUUAGUAUGAAAACUUUUUCUAGAGACUUGAUAAGUAGUUUGCCAGAUGAGCUGCUAGGCAAAAUCCUGUCUUUGGUUCCGACAAAAGAGGCUGCUUCUACAUCGAUCCUGUCCAAGAGGUGGAAGAAUCUGCUGUGUCUUGUAGACAGCCUUUGUUUUGAUGAUUCGAUGGUUAUGUAUCCCACCACUACCACUGUCGCAACAUGUGGUGCAGCACAUCGCUUCUUAGAUUUCGUGGACAAGACUUUAAACAAUUCUCCUAUCAUCAAAAAAUUAUCUCUGUCUCUCGGACAUGUAUAUGGCGGUCGCUGUCACGCAGCAGCGUGUAAGCAUGAUCAUGUGAAACUUUGUUUGGACCCUUGCAUUUGGACUGCUAUGGAGCGGGGUUUAUUGGAACUACACUUGCACGCUGACACUUGUUGUGGUAUUGAUAUAAUGCAAGAGUUGUUUACGUGCAAGAUAUUGGUUAAGCUCACACUAUCCGGUGACCAUCAUAUUCGAGUCCUUGAGCGUGUUUUUCUUCCAGCGCUCAAAUCACUUUCUAUGUUAUCAUUUCCAACCAUUGAUCAUCCAGACUAUUGUCGGCUCAUAGAUGGCUGCCCUGUGCUGGAAGACUUGUUCAUAAGUGAUGCUGCUGAUCCUUUGAAUCCGUUAUGUUGUGGUGAGCACGUGGAAAGCGAAACUAUCAAGCGGCUUGUGGUUUUUGUCAAUCUUCCAAAAUGUGAUCACCCCGAAGGAACUUAUUUGAGAGCACCCAAUCUUGUGCAACUGGACUAUUCUUGUUAUGUAUCCAAGAAUCAUUCGUUUGUUGAUUUGGAUUCGCUUGUCCAAGUCAGACUGGAUCUGAGGUUAUGGCAGUCAACUUAUGAUUAUGAUGAUGAUGAUGAUGAUGAUGAUGAUGAUGAUGAUAAACAUAAGGUAGCUAUAAUUGGUGAUGUUUCAGACCUAGUUGCGGGUAUACGCAAUAUUACAAUCCUUCACUUGUCUCCUGAUUCUCUUGAGGCUUUUUAUUUCUGCUGUGAAUCCAUGCCAAUGUUCAACAACCUCCUUAAUUUAUCGAUCGAGAGUGACAAGGAAAAAGGUUGGCAAGUAAUGCCACUUCUGCUCAAUAGUUGUCCAAAUCUACACACUUUAGUCAUCAAGGGUCUUGUGCACAGAAUAACAAAUAGAUGCGGAGAUGCAUGUGCUUGCAUCCCUAAGAAGCAGAGGAAGAUUUUGGAGGAGGAGGAGAAGACAAUAAGUUGUUUAUGGACAUGUCAAGUGAAGGUGCUAGAGAUUUUAGAGUAUGGAGGUUCUUUUGAAGAGCUGAACCAGAUGAUGCAUUUCUUAGGUAAGUUGGAAUGUCUUGAAACUGUUAAAGUUGGUGUUAACUCGGACAAAGACAACCAGAUUGAGUUCUUGCGAGCUAAUCUACUGACUCUCCCCAAAGCUUCAUCAAAGUGUGACAUCCAAUUCAGCUGAGCUUUUUCUUUCUCGGUGGCUAUAUGCCAAUAUUUAGAUGCAACUUAAAUCGUGUAUGGUUAUUAUUAUUUAAAUAUCAUUGAAGUUGGUUACAAUUUGUCCUAAUGCUAGUCACACUCUAGGAACCAUGAACAACAAUCACAUAUAAAAUGGUAAUCAUUCUUUAGAUUGGCUAACCUUGUUAAUGUAAACAAAGACUCAGCUGAUCAGUAACAUUUAUCAAAAAUCUAUCCUAAUAUCAUAUGAUCUUCUUCGGAUCUGCAGAAUCAUCCUCACCUCCAAAUGGAUAAUAUAACAGUGAAAAUAUAUGUUGUUGCAUUCAUUUGUGUUACAUUAAAAAUCUGGAUCAAUGUUGCAUUUUCACUAUGGAGAAGAAACCUUGUUAUGAUUAUUGUAUCCACACUCUUUAUUUGUAGAUGACAUAUUGUCAUGUGCUGAUAAAUGUAUGAUGGUCACUAUAAAGUCAUAUGAUUAAAGAUCUUUUAAGAUAAAAUUUUAUCUUUUAUAUAUCCUAAAACAAAACUUCUAAGGCAGAACAAAGAA